ACAAACCUAAAAUAGGACCAAAGGAUUUACUUCUUCUCCACUCUCUAUUCUCCGUUUGCUCUCUCUCGCUCUGUCGCUUUCUAUUAGAAUUGAGGGUGAGAGAAACCCUAGGUGGAGGAGGAUUCGUGGUUGAAUUCAGGGAAUGGCGAGGCCGCCGCAGGACGCAAUCGAGACCUUCAUGAGCAUCACCGGCGCCUCUGAGGCGGUGGCGCUGCAGAAGCUCGAGGAACAUGGUGGGGACCUGAAUGAAGCUGUGAAUGCACAUUUCAAUGAAGGAGUUAGGAUAAACACACAACAAGCACCCAUUCCAGCCCCCCGCGAUGAUUUUAUGCACAUGGAUGAUCCACUUGAUGAUGAAGCCCUAAGACCUACUCUUCCACAGCUUUCUCCAAAUUUGAACCCAUUUUCGCUCCUUGAUUCAACUUUUGGUCGAAAUUUUUUUGAUGAUGGACGAGCUACCGGUAUUCCGAGCAUUGCCCCACGAGUUUCACAUCCAAGGGAGGUGAGGGAGAUACCUAUUGAAGUUAAGGAUGGGAAUACGCAACCUGGUUCUUCUGGUCUAGGGCCUACCAUGGAGGAUGUUACUGGAAACAUACCUACACAUGAUCUGGAGGUUCAUGGGACUGUCAUUAUUGAUGAUGAUGAUGAAGAUGAGGACCUUCCAACUGCUCCUGCUGAUCAUAAUAACACUUCUAUUGGUGGUCCUCUCGGAAGGCAUCACAACCCAAGUGGUUCUCCAUUGGUUGAUGUGACUGACUAUAACAAUGACAUCGAAGAGGAAAUGCUACAAGCUGCAAUUGAAGCUUCCAAACGAGAAGUUGAGGGGCGCCCUAGUCAGGAGUUUGAUGUUCCUAAUGACUCGAAUGGUCCCAAGCUUGAUCAGAAGUCCCCUGCAUUGGAGGAUGCUGAGCUUGCACGUGCAGUCUCACUGUCCUUAAAGACUGCAGAGCAAGAAAGAGCAUUUCAGGGGCAGGGGGUGCAUACUGGAGAGAAUCAGUUUUCUAAUUCAGCUGUCAUGGAAGUGGAUGAUGUGGACAGAGUUACUGCAGCAGAAGGAAGGCAAGGAUUUGGUUCUGCGAAGACUGGAUCUUCAAGUCAAUUAAAAUCAGAGGAAGGCAAUAUAUCUGUCCAAGAGGAAACUGAAGAUGUGGAGGAGCAGCCUCUAGUGAGGCACCGUUCCGGACGCAUUUCUUCGGGAAAUGCAGAAUUAGCAGAAUCUGGACGAUUGGGUUAUAGUCCUCCAUCAAGUCCUCGGCAGAACAAUGCUGGCAGUCGUCCUUCAUAUAAUGGAGAUGCCUUUCGGUCAGACGAGUGGGGUGGCAUAUCUUCUGAAGAGCAUGAUGAAGCUGUCAUGCUUGAGGCUGCAAUGUUUGGUGGCAUUCCAGAAGUAGCAUCGUAUCAUUUUGCAUACCCAUCUCAUCAAGUCAUGCAAACUGGUUCAGAUCAAAGCUCAACUUUCUAUCCUCGUAUACCUCGUCCACCAUCGCCAACACUGAUGGCACAACGCUUGUUAAGGGAGCAACAGGAUGACGAGUAUCUUGCAUCAUUGCAAGCAGAUCAAGAAAAAGAGUUAAAGGCCCAGCAGGAGGCUGAACUUCGGCGUUUGGAGGAGGCUGCUGCCAGAGAAGCUGCACUUGAAAAGCAAAAACAGGAAGAGGAAGAAAACUGCAGGAAACAACUUGAGGAAGAGGAGCGUGAGAGGAAACUUGUUGCAAAAGAAGCUUUUCUUCCACAGGAACCUUCUCCAGAUGAUGAAAAUGCUGUCACACUUCUUGUCCGCAUGCCUGAUGGCAGCCGCCGUGGACGUCGCUUUCUGAAAUCCGACAAGCUUCAGUUCCUUCUUGAUUAUAUAGACAUCGGAAGGGUGGUUAAGCCUGGCACCUACAGAUUGGUGAGGCCAUAUCCACGGCGUGCAUUCACUGAGGGAGAAAGUGAGCUUUCACUUGGUCAACUGGGUCUGACUGGCAAGCAAGAAGCAUUAUUCUUAGAGUUAAUCUAGAAUUGUUAUCUGAUAAACAAAAGGUGUACUCAAUGGCAAGCAGAGGUAGCUAAACUUACCAUUUGAAAUUUGAAAUCAUUGUGGCAUUUGAUUGAAAUGCCCAAAAAGAAUCAAGAGAAGACACUCAAUGGAAGCUGUGGGGAUCAAAGGCUUGAACUCAGUGCUCACCAGAUGAUUUUCUCAUUGAUGAGAUCUCAAUGCUCUUCCAGUCUAGUUUUGUGUCUAUUUCUAUCGUCCAGAUAGCAACUCUGAUGUAUACAUGCAAAUAACUCAUACCCAAGCAGAUAACAUGACCCAUGUUGGCUACAUAAAAAAGGGUAAAAAAUAGAAAAGACAGACUUUAUUUUCUUUCCCUGUCACUUAAAGAACAU